CAACGUUACAAAUAUCACACACGCACAUGUUCCAAAUGUAAAACUUGCCACCAGGAAACACAUACAAGCUUAAGCCAUGAACGGCAUCAUGCUUCCAUUUCUCGUAUAUUGCUACUUACUUUACAUCUUCCUCAGAUCAUCUAUUCUUUCUCUCUUCCUACUCGUUCGUUAUACACUAAGCCAGUUCUGUGGCUUGUUUUCGUCUCGUGUCGACGAUGCCGUUUCUCUCUACAAAGGCACUCUCAUUCAUGAACGUCGCCGGCCUGUUGGCCGUUCUUUCAAAUCUUCGGUCCGCUACGCUCUUAUUGACCUAGACCGCUCAUCGUGCAUACCACCCAACCACUUGUCUGCUAAAGAAGCUCGGUCUAUUGCCCAAACAAACGGACCAGUGCUUCUACUGACGGUCCCUCCGAGCGUUGGAUAUCAACGAAGUCCAGUGACAUUGUAUUAUUGCUAUGAUCUUAAUGAAUCUUCAGCUAAUAUAUUGAAAAAUUGCAUCGCUGAGGUAACAAACAGCCCAUGGGGUGAACAGUUACGAUUUGUUUUCAACCCUCAUUCUGAUCAUAUUGCCAAAUCACUUCACGUCAGCCCCUUUAUGGACAUGCUUGGGGACUGGCAUUUGAAAACAAAGGCCCCGGGGAAUAGUUUGUCACUCACAAUUGCAGUUAAACACCCUGUUUUGGGUAAUUACUUUACAACAUCCUUGACUGCUAAAAAGCUCUUAAUCACAUCAAAUGUUGAUUAUGAAUUCUUCUUCUGGCUUAUGCCGCAUAAGGGUGCAAUUCAAACGUAUUUGCAAUCUUUUCAGCUCCUGUCAAGUGUUCAAUUUUUCCAACAUCCAAAAUAUAAAAACCCAGGAUUUACUGAAGAAAAUUUGAAGGCUGCCAAAGGUCUUGGAUGCUGCAUGGCUUUUUCUGGGAAUUCACAUAAUAAUCCUCAAAUUGAUAGACAUGAGCGCUGGUGUUCUUUUAAGCAAGCAAAGUGGCCAUGGAACUGAAAACGUGUGGAAAAAUAAUUUCAUUACUGUUUUUACAUGUUUUCUUUACACUAAUAAAAGGAUGAGUCUCCGGCAAAGAAAAAAAAAAUAAAAGGACGAGUCUUUUCUUUUGAAGAUAAAACUACAGACAGAGUUUUCCAACUGUGUUUUCAAUAAAAGUUUGUUCUCAGUGAAACAAUACAAUUGUUUAUGUAGACGAUCCUUGGAUAAAGAUAAAAAGGUAUUUCAUAUUUGUUUUGUUUUACGCACCACUAGCACAUGCAAGUCACGGCUUGUCUUGAUUUAAUAUCGUUCAUUCGAGAAAAUACUUGUGUGUCUGUAUAUCCUGAUCAUAUGAUCCUAACAAUUGAAUUAUUACCUCCAGAUAAAUCUGAGAUAUUGGA